AUGGAUGAUGAUAAAGAUUCAUUUAUUGUAUUCAUUGAAAGCGAAUCAUUUGAUAAAACUCAAAAACUCAAACAUGAUUUUUAUCCGGAAUCAGAUGAAGGAUAUUCAUUUCUUGAAUUGUGUUGCUAUCACGGAGCUGUUGAUUGUUUUAAGUUAUUAAGGACAAAAUUCAACUCAGAAAUUAAUCCACAAUGCCUUCAAUUUUCAUUCUUAAGCGGAAAACCAGACAUUUUGAACGAAUGUUUGAAAUUCCAAAUACCCGAUCAAGAAUGCAUGAAAUAUGCAAUUAUUUCAUUCAAUGUUGAUUUUAUAACAUUUUUGAAUAGAGAGUAUGGAUUAGAAAUUGAUUUGGAUACUUGUAGGCUCUGGAGGAAUUACCAAGCUUUCUUUAUUCAUCUUGAUGUUUCAAAUGACAUUGAAAACUGCUUUCCUUAUACUCCCUGUUUCGGCACUUCUAUUUUCGAAUAUUUUAUUUCACAAGGAGUUGAUAUUAAUGCAAAAGACAAUCACUCUCAUGUUACAGCCCUUCAUUUAGCAGCCCUUAUUGGUAAUAUAGAAAUAGUCAAAUUUCUUGUUUCUCGUGGAGUAAAUAUUAAUUCAACUGAUAAAAACGGGAAAUCUAUUCUAAAUUAUGCAGCUUCAUUCAGUAACAAAAAAAUGAUCGAAUUUCUUAUUGAAAAUGGUGCAGAUAUUAAUGCAAAAAAUAAAAACGGAAUGACCAUUCUUCAAGUGGCAGCUCUAACAAAUAAUUAUGAUGCUGCAGAAUUUCUUAUUUUGCAUAGUAAGAAAAUUAUUACAAAAGGUAAUUUUGGUGAAACAAUUGCCUUUGUCGACGAGCAAGAUAAUGAAGGAAAAACUGCACUCCAUUAUGCAGUUCAAUAUAAUUCAUUUGAUACAGCUAAGCUUCUCAUUUUAAAUGGAGCCAAUAUAAAUAUAAAAACAAAUAACGGAAUUACUCCCCUGCUAGUUGCAAUACACCAAAACAGUUUUGAAAUUGCAGAAAUACUUUUAUCUAAUGGUGCAAAUAUAAAUGAUAAAGAGAUACAUGGAUACUCCUCACUACAUUUUGCAGUGAGCCUGGAAGAUGUAGAUAAAGCAAAAUACCUUUUAAUGCACAAUAUUGACAUUAAUGCAAAAGAUAAUUCUGGUCUAUCUGCUGUUGAUUAUGCAUAUAUUAAAGAAGAUAAAGAGAUGAUAUCAUUACUUGAGCAAUAUGGUGCAAAGCGAUCUGUCCAAACCUAUUUUUGA